AUGCCGGGGCCAGCAGGAAAACAUUACCGUGGAAAUCGCAAAAGUUCAAAUCAGACCCAUACGCUUGCCUCUGUGGCUAGAGAAACGGCUACUUCUCUGCCGGCCGACAGUCCCGUGCUCGCGAUAUUCAAAGAUGCUGCUCGCAAGUUGAAUGAACGCCAGGACAGGCACGAGCGGCUCGUCAAGCUCUCGCGUGACGUCACUAUUGAAAGCAAAAGAAUUAUAUUCUUAUUGCAUUCUCCUAUAACAAAAGAGUCAUCAGAAAAUACCCUUACUGAAGCUAAGGAUCGGAUGCAAAAGUUGAUCAAUGGACCAAUCAGAAGCAUUGGCUUGGAGUUGGAGAACAGUCCAGCUCACUUACACGGCAGAGCUGUCACUGCCGGAUUCCAGGAGUUCAUAGAGGCUAGGACUUUACUGUCUCUGAUGGCUGACAAAAGAAUCAUUACAUACCCAGAAGUACAGAAGGAAUUAGAGUAUGAAAUCAAAGAUGAUGAUGAUGAUGAUGAUGACAAUCAGAGGUCUCUAGUAACAAUGUUACCCGAGUCUGAUUACAUGCUGGGUCUUGCCGACCUGACUGGAGAGCUGAUGAGGAAGGCCAUCAACAGCAUAUCUAGUGGAGACAGUGAGGAAUGCUACCAAGCUUGUCAAGUUGUCAGGCAUUUGUAUACUGGAUACUUGGGCAUAACAGGCAGUCGUCUCUUAGUCCGUAAGCUGUCGACAACUCGCGCGAACGUUAACAAAGUUGAGAUGGCGGUGUAUGCUCUCAAAGUGCGCGGCGGAGAGACACCAGCACCAUUACUGUUACCCGCCGCACCUGCAGAGUGGGAGCCACCAAUCAACUUAUCAGACGACGAAGGAUAUUAUUAG